AUGGGAAACAACGUUACUGACGCAGGUGCUGGUCAAAAAACAAUGUCAACGAAGAUGGAUAAUACGGUCCCGAGUUCUCCUUCAUCUCCUAUUGCUUUGGAUCAGAAAACUAAAAAAGCUAUGGAGUCUAUUGCCCCAAUUUUAGAAGGUUUCAUUCCAAAGACCUCGGCAAGCGAAAAUACAUCAUUGAAGUUGCCUCCACCCUCAAUUCCAUGCCAUAGUGAUUCUAUGGAGGAAGAAGACGUUGGAACUACCCUGCAAAAGACCUUGAGUAUUAAUUCGCAGCCUAGCGUAGGAGCUCCAGGUGAGAAGACUCGCUCUCACUCAGAAUUUGGGGAGCAUGACCAGACUAUCACGCCUUCGCUAGAACCACAACAGUUUCUCACAGACAUUGAUCAUCAGGAAGAAUUGCAAUUAGCCGAGUUGGGUGUUAAAACGCCAGUUUUUCAGCAAACUGUAAUCGACCCCAUGAAUUCACCUGUGCUACCCGUGGCCACUGCUGCACCUCCUUCCACUAAUGUAAGCUCUAAUAGUUCAUCAAGGAAGUCCUCGAUAGGGAACGCUAAGCCACAGCUCGCCAAAAUCGGGAAAAUCGGUGUAUGUGCAAUGGAUGCAAAAGCAUUGUCCAAACCGUGUAGGAGAAUUUUAAACCUUUUGAUUGAGAAUGGCGAAUUCGAACCUGUCAUUUUUGGUGACAAAGUUAUUCUUGAUGAGAAGAUUGAAAACUGGCCCACUUGCGACUUUUUAAUAUCUUUCUUCUCUUCGGGAUUUCCAUUGGAUAAGGCUAUCUCCUACGUUAGACUACGAAAGCCAUUCAUCAUCAAUGACUUGAUGAUGCAGAAGGUCCUGUGGGACAGAAGGUUGUGUUUGCAAGUAUUGGCAGCGGCAAACGUGCCUACUCCACCAAGGUUAGAAAUAAGCAGAGAUGGUGGUCCGAGAGUCGAUGAUGAGCUCAGAGCAAAAUUGUUAAAUAAAGGUGUUGAUGUUCAGCCUAUUAAAGCUCCGAAAUGGCGUAUGAUCGAUGAAGAUACAUUGGAAGUUAAUGGCGAAAUAAUGAGCAAACCAUUCGUCGAGAAACCUGUUGAUGGUGAAGAUCAUAACAUUUAUAUCUAUUACCACUCGAAAAAUGGUGGUGGGGGCCGUAGAUUAUUCCGUAAAGUUGGAAACAAAUCUUCAGAAUUUGAUCCCAAUUUAGCCGCUCCAAGAACGGAGGGAUCCUACAUCUACGAGCAAUUUAUGGACACUGAUAACUUUGAGGACGUCAAAGCAUAUACAGUUGGGGAAAAAUUCUGCCAUGCCGAAACAAGAAAGUCACCUGUUGUCGAUGGUAUAGUGAGAAGAAAUACACAUGGUAAAGAGGUUAGGUAUAUCACAGAACUAACGAAAGAUGAAAAGGAAAUGGCAAGGCAAGUUUCCAAGGCAUUUUCACAGAUGAUUUGUGGAUUCGAUUUAUUAAGGGUCUCAGGCAGUAGUUAUGUCAUUGAUGUUAAUGGAUUCUCCUUCGUUAAGGACAAUAAUUCAUAUUACGACGCAUGUGCAAGAAUUUUGAGAGAUACUUUUGUCCAUGCUAAGAAACGCAUGGACGCAGAAAAUAGGAACUUACCUGCUAUUCAAGAAGAAAAGACGCAAAAAUGGGUUUUUAAAGGAUUAGUGACUGUUAUUCGUCAUGCCGACAGAACUCCCAAACAAAAGUUCAAGCACUCUUUUACUUCACCGAUAUUCAUUUCUUUAUUGAAGGGUCACAAGGAAGAAGUAGUUAUCAGAAACGUGAGUGAUUUAAAAAUCGUGCUAAAGGCACUUAAAAUUGCAGAAGAAGAGAAUGCAGAAGAUCCCGCUAAGCUGCUAGUCCUAUCUAAUGCUUUGGAAAAAAAGUUAGAGUUUCCAGGUACCAAAAUUCAAUUGAAACCUAUUUUAAAUUGUGAUAACGAAGUGGAAAAGGUUCAGUUCAUUUUAAAAUGGGGCGGCGAACCAACGCACUCAGCUCGUUAUCAGGCAAGGGACCUUGGCGAACAAAUGAGACAGGAUUUUGAUUUAUUGAACAAAAGCAUCCUUCAUAAUAUUAAAAUUUUUUCAUCAUCCGAGAGAAGAGUUCUAUUGUCUGCUCAAAUUUGGGCACAAGCUUUGUUCGGUGCUGAUGAACUAGGAAGUGAUGAAAUUAGUGUAAGAAAAGAUCUUUUGGAUGACAGUAAUGCAGCCAAAGAUUUAAUGGAUAAAGUGAAGAAGAAACUGAAGCCUUUGUUGAGAGAAGGGAAAGAGCCGCCUCAACAAUUUGCUUGGCCCCCAAAGAUGCCCGAACCCUACUAUGUGAUCAAGCGAGUCGUAGAACUGAUGAAUUAUCAGCAAAAAAUAAUGCACCACAACUUUGAAACCAGAGAUGUCAACGCCAUGCAACCAAAAUGGUGUUGUGCUGAGGAUGCAAGUUUAUUCAAAGAAAGAUGGGAUAAACUUUUCAAAGAAUUUAAUAACGUCGAAAAAGUUGACCCCUCCAAAAUCUCAGAACUUUACGACACGAUGAAGUACGAUGCACUGCAUAACAGAAAAUUUCUAGAGCAAAUAUUUGACCCCUGUGAGAUUGUCGAUCCAGAAGUAGGCAAUCACUCGCUGGUGGAUCGCUAUCCGAUUAACAUUUUGGCUAAAAAUAAUUUCAAAAUCAUAGAUAGCAAUCAAAAUCUAUCUUCGAACUCCGUCAAGACUGGAGGGAAUAGUGUUGGCUCUCUUGGUUGGGUUCUUGAGAGCGGGAAAACAUCACGGGCAACCUCUAAAUCCGGUUCAAUCUUCGAUGAUCCAAAAUUCAUGCAACUGCGUGAACUAUACAAAUUGGCCAAAGUUCUUUUUGAUUUCAUUUGUCCAAAAGAAUACGGUAUAUCUGACUCAGAAAAAUUGGAUAUUGGACUGUUAACCUCAUUGCCAUUAGCCAAACAGAUAUUGAAAGAUCUAGAAGACAUGAAAAAUAGGGAAGAACCGGCAUGCGUCGCAUAUUUCACGAAAGAGUCUCAUAUCUACACUUUGUUGAAUAUAAUUUACGAAUCUGGCAUACCAAUGAGAAUUGCAAGAAAUGCGCUUCCAGAAUGCGAUUAUCUAUCUCAGAUCAAUUUCGAAUUGUACGAAAGCACUGACGCUUCGGGUCAAAAAACACAUUCAAUAAGAUUGAAAAUGUCACCAGGGUGUCAUACUCAAGACCCGCUAGAUGUUCAAUUAGACGAUAAGCACUACAUCAGCUGCAUUCCCAAAAUAUCAUUGACUAAACAUCUGGAUAUGGAUUAUGUACAACAAAAAUUAAGAAACAAAUUUGGUAGAGUCAAUAUGCCACAAAAGUUCACGCCAGUCAAUAUCACAAGUCCUAACUUAACUUUCCAAAGGGACAAUAGCCAUCACGGGUACAUCAACGACUGCAAAGUGGACACCUCAACUCCACCAUUAGAGCCACUUUCAACUCCUCAUUCUUCGGCAUCGAUCGACAACACUUUGGAAGAAUGA